AUGUCCGAUUAUAUUGAUUACAAUUUUGAACUCUACACAUCUGUAGAAGUUCAAAAAUGUAAUAAAAUUAAGUAUCAGGGCACAUGCCCCCCGGGGCAUAGGCCCCGCGUGUCCAAUUUGGAUUUUGCGGGCGGGGCAUGGUCGGUCUAUGCCGUACGCAACUCCCAUUUUAGAGAUAGUUGUGGGGUAUCCGUUGCAGAUACCCAACAUCUGCUGAGAGAUACCUGCCAGGGGCCAGUACCUGAAGCCCCACCACCACAAGAAAUUAGUCAGACAAGGAAAACAUUGGAUAUCAGGUCACCAGAUGAGGAAAAAGGUGUAGUUCUGGACACACAGAAGUUAAAUCUAGAUUUUGAUGGAUCAAAAGAACCAACAUAUGCUAGGACAACCCAACCUCACAACCGGCACAGCAAUGAGCUGAUUGCCAAGUCAACAAUGAACAUGCUCAAGGCCCAAAAAACAGUCAAGGAGGUUGCUGGCUCUCCUUCAACACCCACUUGGCUAGACAUCCCAUCCACACCCACUUGGCCAGAGGGCCCAUCCACACCCACUAGGCCAGACGGACCAUCCAAUCAUCCCAAAACACCAUCCGUGUCCUGGCCAUCAACGGUGUGGUAA